UCUCACCCUGGCAUGAUGGGCCUGGCGCCUUCCCUCCACCCCUGGAGCACCAGCUGGCAGGGUCUCCCCUCUGGGCUGGCUCCCCUUGGGAGGCUGGAGUGGCCUCCACACCAGCCUCUCCCCCUCACAGUCCAGGGCAGACUGGGGUCACCCCUGCAUCACUUGCUUCUUUGGAGCCACAUGGCCAAGAGAGCAAGGGGUGACUUCAGUUUGCCCUGGGCCAUGAAAUGUGGUGGAGGUGGGGGAACUGAGAGCAAGGACUCCUGGGUUCUCUCUGCAGCUCUGGGAUGGGAUUGGGGGCUGGUGGUUAGAGCAGGGGUGGGAGGGAGCAAGGGCUGGGAUCUAGGACUCUGGGCAACUCCUUUAUUGGUGUGUCUCUGUGCUGCCAGGCCUCAGUUUCCCAGCUGAGUGAGCUGACAUAUGUAUAUCACUGGUUGUAUGGGUUUGUCAGAGCUCCCGACUGCUCGCAGCUGAGGGGAUUCCUGGUAGUGUAGGUGUCCGUGACUGCGACGAGGAGUCAGAUUCAGACUAACACGGCUACCCCUCUGAUACUUGUCCGUGACUGUGUAUGUUAGGGCCCUACUACUGCUCACUGCUGGCAGGGAUUCCUGGUGGUGUGUAGGUCUAUGGCUCUGUGUAUGUAUGUAGGCCAUUGAACUGCUCACAGCUGUGGGAGGGAUUCCUUGUGGUGUGUGGACCUGUAGCUGUUUGUGUGUCAAAGCCCUGCUACUGCUCACACAAGUUGGACUCACCAGGUGUUCAGGUAGCUACAAGCCAGCAGCUCCUGGUCCCUUUUGCCGUUCUCUCCAACAGGGGCUGCCGCCGCCAUCGUACAACCUUCUAUGGCGGAGAAGGGCCCCUGCCCCGGGCUCAAUGCCUCCUUGCGCAGUGAGGACUUGCUGAGCGACAUGGAGCCGUUGCCCCUCUCAACCCCGACCACACCUGCCCAGCCCUUCGGUUCUGAGGUGACAGCCCAGCUUUAUGCUUCUUUGCAUCGCAGUCGCCAGGCCGAGCUGGAUGCCUGUGCCCAGCUGCGGCCGCCUGACCUGGACAUGCUGGCUGAGGAGCUGAGCCGCACCCUGUCGGCUGGGGUGGAGACCAGCGCCCGCAGGAAGGGUGGCGAGUCCAGGCAUGUGGCUGAGAUAGAGAGUGUCAGGUCCCGCUUGCGCACCAUGCUGCAGGACUCCCGCGAGCUGCCCCACGGUGACCCCCUCACCGUGGGGACCAUGGAGCAGAAGGAUGAUGAUUCCUUUGAGAGUGAUAGCACCACUGCCCUACUCACGGCAUGUGGCAGCUUACUUACCCCCUGCCCUGUUCAUCGCCUCCCCCCGCCGGGUUCGGUGUUUGGCCUGGAGGAGCUUUUUCCCCGCUACAGCAGCCUGCGACUGGGUGCCCCCCCUGAGCCCGCACUUGCCACCAACCCCCUGCAGUUGAAAGAGGCACUGGCCAAGGAGCGGGCCCGCAGGAAGCAUUGUGAGCGACACGUCCAAGCCCUGCAGAGCCGGGCCCUUGAAUUGCAGCAGCAGCUGGCUGCUGCCAUCUCUGCCGACAUGAAGAAGGACAGUAUGAUCGAGCAGCUGGACAAGACGCUGGCCAAAGUGGUGGAGGGCUGGAACCGGCAGGAGGCUGAGCGGACGGAGCUGCUGCGGGGACUACAGGUGGAAAAGGAGGCCGUGCAGCAGGCACUGAGUGAGCAGCGUGAGAAGGCAUCGGAUCUGGAGGCACAGCUGGAGAAGGCACUGGAGGCCCUGAGCCAGGAACAGGAAGUGGCAAGCCAGCAGCGCGAGGAGAUGGCAAUGCUGCAGGAGGAGAAGGCAGCACUGCUGCAGAGCUUGGAGGCAGAGCGCCAGCGCGGGCGGGGGCUGCAGGCGGAGCGGGAGCAGGGUCAGUGCCAGCUGGAGACACUGCGAGCCACGCUGGAGGAGCAGCAGGCAGGCUGGGCACAGCGGGAGCGGAAGCUGGAGCAGCGGUGCCAGGCACUGCAGGAUGAGAGCGCUGGGCAGCUGGAGCGUGAAAAGGCGGCCGUGCAGCGGGAGGCCCAACGCACGGCAGAUGCCCAGCAGGUCCUGGCCUUGGUGCAGGCUGACGCCCAGCGUCUAGAAAGUGAGCUGGAGGUGGCACGGAGCGAGCGGGAUGGACUGCAGAUGGAGAUCAGCCUGGUGAAGGCGCGGUGUGAGGCACAGAAAGCGAAGCUGGAGGCAGAGCUGAAGGUGGCCCUGGAGCAGCAGGUGACGGAGCGGCUGGCCCGGGUGCACGAGGACAGCCUGCGCCAGACAGGUGCCAUGCGAGAGCAGCACAGGAAGCAGCUGCUGGAGCUGAGCGGGCACCAUGAAAAGGAGCUGGCAAGUCAACUGGCACAGUUCCGGGCCGAGCUUGCUGAGCGCGAGGAGCGGCACCGGCACUUGGUCGAGGACUACGAGUUGCGGCUGGCCAGGCAGGAGGAGGCAGCGCGGGAGCUGCAGGCUGGGAAGUGGCGGCUGGAGGCCCAGCGGGCAGAUAUGGUGUCGCGGCUCCAGGCCAUGAUGCAGUCACAUUGGAACGAGGCCCUGCGCCUGCUGACUGGAGAUGCCUCCCUGCAUUCCCCUGGCAAGGGCUCUCAGGUGCCCCCUGCUUCCAGUGCUGCCCCCCCCUUGGAGCCAGAGUGCCUAGGGCAGCCCCUGAGCCAGGUCCCGCUCGGGAAGCCGGAGAGCUGGCAGGGAGACCCCCGCGGCGCCGGGGACGGCGAGCGGAGCGGCAGGUCCUUGGCCCAGGCUGUUCCCCUGCAGCCUGUCACUCAGCGCAGCUCCCAGCCGCUGGCUCCAGAGCCACAGGGCCUUGAGCGCUUUCUGCCCCUAGUGCCCAGCGGGCGCUUCUCAGCCGAACUAGCCCAGCUCCUGAAUCAGAGCGUCCAGAGCCAGCUGGUCUUCCAGCCGCUGGAGCCGCAGCUUGAUGACACGGCCGGGCCAGGGCUGAGUUCACACCCCAGCCACCUGGCGGAGCACCCCUACCCUGAGGACGAUGUGAGGGCCAGUGACGGCGAGACUUCCCCAAACAGCAGCCUGGAGCAUGGAGGGCAGGCGGCCCCUGGACAGAUGCACCCAGAGCUGCAAUACUACAUGGCUCUGCUCUUGGAGCAGGCAUCAAGCGACCCCCAGAGGCAGGAGGGGCCUCUGAGUGAGAGCUCCUCCUGCCCCACAGCGCAGCCACAUGCCAAGCCAGGCUUGGCCCGGGAGGACUCCUCAGCCCCGUGGGAGACGCUCCGGCCUCUUGGCCCCCAGCGUGUUCCCCCCACUGCCACUGCCGUGCACAAGACCAAGGUGACACUCCCCAGAGCCAGCUACAGCCAGCGGAGUUUGGAGCUUCCCAGCCCCUUGCAGCGCCCAGCUGGGGGAGAGGGGGGCGUCCUGUCUCCACGGCAGGUGGCUGAGGUCUCCCGUCUGCUGCGGCUGUACCAGGUCAAGGGCCGCGAGACGUCCCCCUCGGAGGAGAUCUUCACCUACACGCGCCCCAGUGACAGCAGCAGGUAAGCCUGGUGCUGUGUCCUUUCCAGGGUGUCUGGGCUUCACCCUACUCCUACUGACAUGGA